AUGUUAAGUAAUACUACUACUAAUACUACUAAUACUACUAAUACUACUAAUACUACUAAUACUACUAAUACUACUAAUACUACUAAUACUACUAAUACUACUAAUACUACUAAUACUACUAAUACUACUAAUACUACUAAUACUACUACUACUACUAAUACUACUCUUGUAUGUAUAGAACAAGAGUCUGUUUUACUUGGUCUUACACUUUGUCUUUGUCAAUAUCAGAUGAUUAACUUUAAUGUAAAAAAAGGAAAAGAUUGA